AUGGAUAAACCCCGGAGCUCCCUCCCUGCGGCUCUCCUCCUCUGCUUCUUCCUAUGGGAUCUACCCUGUUUCCAGCAGGCAUCCAUCCCCAGCAGCCAGCAGGCGAGGGGGGUGAGAAGGCAGCGCAGAGAGGGCAAGCUGCUGCCAACAGACAGCCAGGACAUACCCCGGGCAGUGCCAGUGGUGCCCCACGAAUACAUGCUGUCCAUUUACAAAACUUUCUCCACGGCUGAAAAACUUGGGAUCAAUGCCAGCUUCUUUCAGUCAUCCAAGUCUGCCAACACAAUCACCAGCUUUGUGGACAAGUCCCGGGACAAUCUCUCCCACUCUCCUGCUAGAAGACAGAGGUAUUUGUUUGAUGUAUCGACUUUGUCAGACAAAGAAGUACUAGUGGGAGCUGAGCUAAGGAUCUUUCGAAAAACUCCCAUGGAGCUAGCAAAAGCCCCCUCGGGGCUGUACCACCUGCAGAUUUUGCCUUGCUCAUCUAAGACCCCAUGGGAUUCCAUAACACUGGACCUGCGGGAAACUACUGCGCCAGGGUGGGAAGUGUUUGACGUGUGGAAAAGCCUGGAUAGCCUAAGAAUCAGAAACCAGCUUUGCUUGGAGUUAAAAGCCACCUCAGCCACUUCUGGGCUUGAGGUGAACCUUAAAAGUUUAGGUUUGGCUAGAAAACCCAGAUCUCAGCAGGAGAAGGCCCUCCUGGUGGUAUUUACCAAAUCGAAGAAGAAGAACCUUUAUAAUGAGCUAAAGGAGCAGGUUCACUCUUCCAAGGGGCAGGAAAAAGAGAUCCGAUUUCAAUUUAAAACCAAGAGAAAAAGAAGGACAACUUUUAACAGUCGUCAUGGAAAACGUCACGGAAGGAAAUCUCGACUUAGAUGUAGCAAAAAGCCUCUCCAUGUGAACUUUAAAGAGUUGGGCUGGGAUGAUUGGAUUAUAGCUCCCUUAGAAUAUGAAGCAUAUCACUGUGAGGGAGUCUGUGAUUUUCCUUUGAGGUCUCAUUUAGAACCCACCAACCAUGCAAUUAUUCAGACCUUAAUGAACUCUAUGGACCCAGGAUCUACUCCUCCCAGCUGUUGCGUCCCUACCAAAUUGACUCCAAUCAGUAUUCUUUACAUUGACGCUGGAAAUAAUGUGGUCUACAAACAGUAUGAGGACAUGGUGGUAGAGUCCUGUGGUUGCAGGUAG